AAAAAAGUGACGAAGAUUUUCGGUGGAAAAGUUUCGUGAAUUCUCACCGCUCACCCCAAUCCAUCUUCGACUCGGACAUCAAAAAGAGCUAAAAUAAUGUCGAAAAAAGCGAUCAAUGUGCGUGUCACCUCGAUGGACUCGGAGCUCGAGUUCGCUAUUCAGUCGAGCACCACAGGAAAGCAACUUUUUGAUCAGGUUGUCAAAACCAUUGGUCUCCGCGAGAUCUGGUAUUUUGGACUUCAGUACACUGACAACAAGGGAUUCCCAACAUGGCUGAAAUUGAACAAGAAAGUCUUGUCUCAGGACGUUAAGAAGGACCCGACUCUUGUUUUCAAAUUCCGCGCCAAAUUCUAUCCGGAAGAUGUGGCCGAGGAGAUUAUCCAGGAUGUCACUAUGCGUUUGUUCUAUCUCCAAGUGAAAGAUGGAAUUCUGUCAGAUGAGAUUUAUUGUCCACCGGAAACCUCUGUUCUUCUUGCCUCUUACGCGAUGCAAGCUAAAUAUGGAGACUAUGUUCCAGAGACACAUGUCGCCGGAUGUCUUACUGCUGAUCGUCUGCUUCCUCAACGCGUUCUCGGACAAUUCAAAUUGAACAGUGAGGAAUGGGAACGCCGUAUUAUGACAUGGUGGGCAGAUCAUCGUGCAACUACACGUGAACAAGCUAUGCUUGAAUAUUUGAAAAUUGCACAAGAUCUCGAGAUGUAUGGAGUCAAUUACUUUGAAAUCCGCAACAAAAAGGGAACUGAUCUCUAUCUUGGUGUCGAUGCUCUUGGAUUGAAUAUUUACGAUAAAGCUGAUCGUCUUUCGCCGAAAGUCGGAUUCCCAUGGUCGGAGAUUCGUAAUAUAUCAUUCAACGACAAGAAAUUUGUCAUCAAACCAAUUGAUAAGAAGGCUCAUGACUUUGUCUUCUACGCUCCACGACUCCGUAUCAACAAACGUAUUCUUGCUUUGUGUAUGGGAAAUCACGAGCUUUACAUGCGUAGAAGAAAGCCAGAUACCAUUGAAGUUCAACAAAUGAAGCAACAAGCCAGAGAGGAUCGUGCUCUUAAGAUUGCCGAGCAGGAGAAGCUCACCAGAGAGAUGUCUGCUCGCGAAGAAGCCGAACAGCGUCAACGUGACGCCGAAAAGCGUAUGGCUCAAAUGCAGGAAGAUAUGGAGAGAGCUCGUCUUGAAUUGGCUGAAGCACACAAUACAAUUCACUCAUUGGAGGCUCAACUCAAGCAAUUGCAAUUGGCUAAACAAGCAUUGGAACAGAAGGAAUACGAACUUCGUGAGCUCACUGCUCAACUUCAAUCCGAAAAAGCAAUGAGUGAUGGUGAGAGACGUCAUUUGAGAGACCAAGUUGAUGCUCGUGAACGUGAAGUUUUUUCGAUGAGAGAAGAAGUCGAGAGACAGACUACUGUUACAAGACAACUUCAGACACAGAUUCACUCGCAACAACACACUCAACACUACUCAAACAGUCAUCACGUUUCCAAUGGACACGCUCACGAUGAGACUGCCACUGAUGAUGAAGAUAAUGGAGCAACUGAACUCACAAAUGACGCUGAUCAGAAUGUGCCACAACACGAGUUGGAGCGUGUCACAGCAGCCGAGAAGAACAUUCAGAUCAAGAAUAAGCUGGAUAUGUUGACUCGCGAGCUUGACAGUGUUAAAGAUCAGAACGCUGUCACUGACUACGACGUUCUGCAUAUGGAGAACAAAAAGGCCGGACGCGACAAGUACAAGACUCUCCGUCAAAUCCGUGGAGGAAACACAAAACGAAGAAUCGAUCAAUACGAAAAUAUGUAAUUAUUUGUUCUAUCGUAUUUCCUUUUAUUUUUUUAAACAAUAUUCUCAAUUGUCUCCCACCAACUUCCAAAUGCUCAUCAUCUUGGCUCUUUUCUCCCUUUCUCGUUUUUUUUAUAGGACAACAAUUAUUAUUAUUAUUAAUUUGAAAAUUUAUUGGUUUGUUCCGAUUCACUUCCUUGUUCACCCCAUCAGUGCCUUUUACAAUAUUAUCCGAAAUUUGUUUUCUUCCAAAAAAUGCUCGGUUUCUCUAUUCCCCUCUUCUUGUAUUCGUCAUAUCCAAUUUUUCAAGUAACUUGUUAAAUCCGCCGCCAAAAAACCCCGAAUUUCUCGCGCAAAGACUUCAAAUUCUACGCUUUUCCCCUCUCUCUCCCCAUCAAACUCUCGACAUCCCCCUGAAAAUGUUUAUCUAUUUUAUUUUAUUAAUUAUGAUAUUAUUCAAAUCUAAAUAUUCGACUCUUCUAUUUUCCCAUUUAUGCGUUGUUUAAACACAGUUAUUCAACUAUGACUCAUGAUAUUAUGAUAAAUAUGAAUACGUGACAUGUGAAAGAAAAGACUAAAAGGAUUAAUUGUUG